AUGCCGGCUCAACCACAACUCACACUCUACCAUCUCAACGCCUCGCGCGCUGUACGUGUUGCCUGGACGCUUGCCGCUCUGUCUUUAUCAUACAAUGCUGUUUGCUCCGAGCGUGAUCCGAACACAGGCGUCGCACCGCAGGAGCUCAAGGACAAGAUUCCCUCCCCGCACAAAAAGUCCCCUACCCUAGUCGACGGUGACCUUGUCUUACAGGAGUCUGGCGCAAUCAUCGAAUAUCUAUGUGAGAAAUAUGAUGAUGCUAGUCUUUUAAUGCCCAAGCAUGGAGCAAAGGGAGAGGGCUGGGGUGAGAGGGAGAGGUGCAAGAUUCGCGAGUGGAUUGCUGCAAGUGAGGGAACGUACCUGAUGCAUGGGAUUUCUAUCAUGUACGCGCGCUCGCGUCUACCAAAAGAUCUCCCCAAUCGUGCCGAGGUCUGGGCGCAAAUGAAUAAGGUGAUGUCUGUCAAUCUACACAAUGCACUCACACACCUUGACGACCACCUCGCCAAAGUUCACGACUCGGGAGGGAAAUUCCUGGUUGGAGGUAGAUUGUCGGCGGCAGAGAUGGCAAUGCUUUUUUCGGUACAAUUGAUCUACAAUCGAGAACUGAGCUUGCAGGGAUUGGAGAAUGGUGGAAAGGGCCGGUGGCAGGAGGUCGAGAAGUGGCAUGCGUAUUGCGAGCAGGAACAGAGCUGGAAGCAGUGUACCGAGAAGGUCGGCUGGAAGUUGUACGGGCUGCUCUAG